CUCCGGGGAAUGAUGACAUCUGGCGUCUGUGCAGCAGCGACCGCCUUAAUUGAUACCCAGGCCGUGUUUGGCCACAGUUUGAACAGAAAACACUUUGGGGAGGUGACAUUUUAAUUGGCCGGAUCCCCACAGGGCUGUUGACGUUCCUCGCGGCGAGCUUGACACGGUCGCACAACGCCGAAGUGAAAGCGCAUCGGCGCCGUCUGCUUUCCUUUCUUGGAACGGGAUCGUUUCUGUUUCGGAGAUGCAAAACCUCACGGUGAGUUGUCCCCGUUUUGGGUAAAGGACUUCCGCAAAGCACUUUUUUCCACGACUCCGUCUUCCAGAUUCCAGAAUCGUGCAGGUUAAUAUUGAGGACGGAAUUGUACUGUGUGUACGCGGGUCACGGUCCAAGUUCACUUUAUUGCUCCGAGAACCGUUUGUGCGGCAGCGACAAGUCGAAAAGCUUCACUGCUCGAUGGCUGGAAGGAGAGCUUUGUUUAUGGCGUCCUUCCUUUCAUGUGAGAAAAAGGCAUGCGCGAUGUGCCUGUGCUGUCUCUUCAGCCGGAUCAAUGGCGCGAGAUCAUGAACAAGAAAAUGCAGUUCCCUCCGGAGCUCAUCGGCGCCAUCCGGGAGGGGAAAGCGGAGGUGGUGCGCGGCCUGCUCCGGACCGGCGACGGCAUCGUCCGCCAGCUGGACGACUCUGAAGAUCGCCUGUGGAGGGAGGCCCUCAACCUGUCCAUCCGCCUGGGAAGCGAGGACAUCAUGGACGCCCUCCUGCGGGGGGUCAAGUUCGACUUCCGGCAGAUUCACGAGGCCCUGCUCGUCGCCGUGGACACCGACCAGGCGCGGGUGGUGGAGCUCCUGCUGCGCCGCCUGGAUCAGGAGAAAGGCAAGAAGAUGGACGUCCGCUCCUUCUCGCAAGCCAUCUUUGACCGCUCCGUCGACAACUCGCAGUUCGCCCCCGGCGUGACCCCGCUGACCCUGGCGUGCCAGAAAGAUCUCUACGACAUCGUCAGCGUGCUCACCCGAAAGGGUCACGUCAUCCCGUGGCCGCACAAGAUCUCCUGCGCCUGUCUGGAAUGCCGCAACGGGCGUCAGUACGACCUGCUCAAGUUCUCCCUGUCCCGCAUCAACACGUACCGCGGCAUCGCCAGCCGGGCCUACCUCUCCGUCACUUCCGACGACGCCGUGCUCAGCGCCUUCGGCCUCAGCAGGGAGCUCCGCAAGCUCUCUCGGAAGGAACCCGAGUUUAAGCCUCAGUACCUGAGCUUGGAGGAGCUCUGCCAGGAGUUCGCCGUGGAGUUGCUGGGCAUGUGUCGCAACCAGAGCGAGGUGAGCGCCAUCCUCAACAGCUGCGGAGACCAGAGCCGGGACGAGCAGGCCUUCGAGCAAGGCAUCCCCGACCUGUCGAGGCUGCGCCUGGCCGUCAACUACAACCAGAAGCAGUUCGUCGCCCACCCCAUCUGCCAGCAAGUGCUGUCUUCAAUCUGGUGCGGCAACCUGGCGGGCUGGAGAGGCAGCACCACAGCCUGGAAGCUUCUGGUCUCUGUCGGGAUCUUUUUCACCAUGCCCCUCCUUUGCCUCGCCUACUGGAUCGCACCAAAGUCCAAGCUGGGGAAGAUCCUGAGGACCCCCGUGAUCAAGUUCCUGCUCCACUCCGCCUCCUACCUUUGGUUCCUCAUCACGCUGCUCGGCGAAUCCAUCGCUAUGGAGCUACACCGGGACGAGUUUGCUUCCAGGCAGCAGAACAUCCUGCACAGCUCCUUCCACAUGGUGUGGGUGGUCGGGUUCUUCUGGUACGAGUGCAAGGAAGUGUGGAUCGAGGGGCUGAGGAGUUACUUCCUGGACUGGUGGAACUGCUUGGACAUGAUGGUGCUCAGCAUGUACUUGGCCUCCUUCGCCUUACGCGUGCUGAUCGUGCUCAAGGGUCAUUUCCUGUGUCUGGACACGAAUGGCACGGAGGAGUGCGCCUACUUCACGCAGGCUGGACGCCACGACUGGCAUCAGGAGGAUCCUCAGCUGAUUGCAGAGGUUCUGUUCGCAGUGACGAGCAUGAUGAGCUUCACAAGGCUGGCCUACAUCCUCCCCGCUCACGAGUCCCUGGGAACGCUCCAGAUCUCCAUCGGGAAGAUGAUCGACGACAUGAUGAGGUUCAUGUUCAUUCUGAUGAUCAUCGGAACGGCCUUCCUGUGCGGCAUCAACAACGUCUACGUCCCUUACGUCGUCUCGCCGCGUCUCGGCAGGUUCAAUGAAACCUUCCACUUCUUGUUCUGGACCAUGUUCGGCGUGGCCAACCAGGACUACGUGGACAUGCCGCAGUUCGUGUUGGCCGAAUUUGUCGGACGGAUUCUGUACGGCGUCUUCACGCUGGUCAUCGUCAUUGUUUUGCUCAACAUGCUCAUUGCUAUGAUUACCAACUCCUUUCAAAAAAUUGAGGACGACGCCGACGUGGAGUGGAAGUUCGCCAGGUCGAAGCUAUACCUCAGUUACUUCCGGGAAGGCCUGACCGUGCCCGUCCCCUUCAACAUCAUCCCGUCCCCUAAAGCUUUCUUCUACGUCUUAAGGGCCCUCUUUCGACGCCUCUGCUGUUGCGUCAAGUCUAAUUCUGCCGAGUACCCGCCAAUAGCUUCAUUGUCCACCAAAAGCUGCUCGGGGGACGGCCAGGUACCGUACCGGCGGGAGGUCAUAAGAGCUCUGGUGCGGCGAUACAUCGACUCUGCUCGCAGGGAGUUCGAAGAGAGCAAGAGAAAAGAUAUCGGGAAUCGCAUCACCGAGCUCAGCAAAGCCGUGGCCAGGAUGCACCACGACCUGACGGCGGUCCGUCAGCGUCCGGCCGACGAGGGGCACGCGGCGGGCGCCGCGCCCUCCGAGGACGGCUCGUCUCUCCUGGGCAAAUACAUCGUCGGCGCCAGAAACAAUUUCAGAGGCUUUCACGGCCGGCCGCAGGAGAACUUGACCUCGCGUGACGUUACGGUGCACGAAGAAGAAGAAGAAGAAGAUCAGACCGAAGGCCGUGCGGGCGUGCAGGACGGGGGGUCACGCGGCGAUGAGGUGAAGGUGGACGAGGGCGGAGUUCACUCGGGAGACUCCGGCAAUCGAUCCAAAGGAGGAGAAGAAAAAGUGGCCGACGGCACGCCUUGUGAAAAAGGAGUUCCAGGAGGAAGCGGCGAGGAGGCCGACGCGGAGGAGAUGCUGGCCGGUCUCGAGCUGCAGGAAGUAAAUGUGGCGGCCCGGCAGAAGCACGGGUCGCACUUCCCGGCCGACCUCCACGAGAGACGCGAGGGCGGUGAAGACCUGACACCGUCGCCGGCCGGCAGCAGCGGCUCCCGAGACACGGGCUUUGCUUCCCAAGAAGGGGAGCCAGCCGUUGACGAGUCCGCAACCGGAUAAUAGUGUGUGUGGGGGUGGGUCGAAAGACGGCUCCAUCUUGGCGCGUUGCCGUUCAUACGCGUCAAAAAGCCAGCCAACAUUUUGUGUUUUGUGCUCAGGCGAGGCGGCCUCGUCAUUAAGUUGUGCGGCGCUUUUGCAGCCAAACUCCUCCGCUGGUGUUUUUCCGUUCCUUUCCGCUUCUGCACUCUAUUAGCAUCAUGUUUUGUUUUAGUCUCCCCCCCCCCCCCCCCAACACACACACACACACAAAAUGUUCACCCCCACGCAGGCACAAAUGAUUCUUGGAUGUUAUUACAUAAAUUGACUGUGGAAUUCUUUCUUCCGACUGAUUUGAAUGUAGUAAUACGGAACAUAUGCCACGACUUUAUUUUGCGCCGUAUUACAGUUCAAGUACAAUAAAAACAAAUUUUACCUUU